UUCAAGAUGAAGAAAUGGCUCUGUUUUCAUUUGUUUAUUCUAAAUGUGUUGAUAGCAGGCACUGUCGGCUUGACUUUAGAGAGUUGUCUCCAAGAGCAACUGCGACUCAAGGCCCAGGUGAGACUUCUGGAACACAGCGUAAAGCAGCAACAGGCAAGAAUUGUGCAGCUAUUACUAGAGAAAGAUACGCAGAACAGAGAUAAAGGAGCUGAAAAUAGUGUCGUCAACCUGGAAGAAGAAAGAGAACAUAAAGAUUGUGCUGAGAUCUACAAAGCUGGACACCGACAGAGUGGAUUUCACAAGCUGAAGCCUCUAGGGAGCCCUAGUGGAUUCUUGGCCUACUGUGACAUGUCAGGAGGAGGAGGAUGGACAGUCUUUCAGAGACGUUCGGAUGGGAGUCAAAAUUUUGAUAGAGACUGGGCUGAUUAUGAGGACGGUUUUGGCGAUUUCGCUUCACCAGAUGGCGAAUUCUGGCUUGGAAAUAAAAACCUCCACUAUCUGACCUCUCAGGGGAAUUAUACCUUAAAAAUUGAUCUGUCUGAUUUUGGAGGUGAACAGCGCUUUGCACAAUAUGAAAAUUUCCGAGUUGCAGAUGAGAAGAGUUUCUACAUGAUGAGUUGUGGACAAUACUAUGGAACAGCUGGUGACUCUCUCACUGGAGGGUUUCACCCUGAAGUUAAAUGGUGGGCAAACCACCAAGGAAUGAAAUUCAGCACAAAAGACAGAGAUAAUGACAACUAUGAAAAGAACUGUGCUGAAGAAGAUAGAGCUGGCUGGUGGUUUAACAGAUGUCACUCUGCCAACCUGAAUGGCCUGUACUACAAUGGACCCUACUCAGCAACGACAGACAAUGGCAUUGUAUGGUACACGUGGCACGGGUGGUGGUAUUCUUUGAAAUCUGUUGCCAUGAAAGUCAGGCCAUCAAACUUCAGUCCUGAUGAUGUUUAAGUCUGUUUCCUGCACUCACCCUUUUAAUCAAGCCAAUCUUAAUUGUGUUGUGGUGUUUGCAUUUUUCGUUUACCUCUGGGUAAAUUGGGGAUGACUCCACCAUGGACAGUGGGUUACAAUCCAACACAAUUGAGUGGUCUUGAAUGUCCUUAGCUCUCUGUUAAGGCAAAUGGGUUGCAUGUUGGAGCACAUAAGAACAGAAUCUAACCCAACAUGUACAGUGUGGCCUUCUGUAGCUACUAGAUAAAAAGACUUAUUAGACCUUUUUGUGUGUGUAGCUGCUUCAUUGUCCGAGGGUUUGGGACUCAAUAUGUUUAUUUCUGUUUAAGGUGUCACAUGACGCUGUGUUGAUUUUGUACAACAGACUGAAAUGGCUACGUCCCUGGACUAAACAACAAGGAUUGCUUAAGUCUCCCAUGCUUUUUUACACCCUCUCACAAUCAGAAUCUAUCCGUUCUAAAACCCCACUAGGUGCAAUUCAGCCUUUCACAUACUUUAAUCUAGUGACCUAUAUAUCCCAGCUUCAACAUGCAUAGUCUGCAAUUUCUGUAACCCUGUCUCCAGCUUGUCACGUUACAUUUGUGUGAGGUGUAAGACUGGGGGAGGUGAAUUUCAUAAGGGAUUUGGAGUAAGUGAAACAGAGUGGACCUGAUCAUGUAUAUAUUUCUCAUAGCAAAUU